AUGUCCAUUGACCUAAGCCUUGACCGGAUCCGCCGUCUCGCGUCGCAAUUACCAACUUACACUCGGCCCACUUGCCACAUUGCAGGGACCAAUGGGAAAGGCAGCGUCUCUUGCUUGCUUUCUUCUGUCUUGCGCUCUUCAGGUUUCAGCAUUGGUCGGUUCAAUAGCCCUCAUCUAGUUUCUAUUCACGAUUGCAUCACAAUCGACGACACACCCGUUGAUGUUGAGUCGUACAAAAAUGCGAGGCGAAUCGUGGAAGGCGCCGAUCAUGAACAUAAUACAGCUGCCACCCGUUUCGAGCUGUUGACUUUGACCGCACUCUGGCUCUUCGAGCACAAGAAAGUCGAUGUCGUGGUCCUCGAAGUUGGCAUGGGCGGUCGCUUAGAUGCGACCAACGUCAUUCACGAUGACUGCGUUUUGGUUUCUGCGCUCGCGUCCGUGGAUCUUGAUCAUCAAGCGUUCUUGGGAGACACGGUGGACAAGAUCGCCAGAGAGAAGGCUGGCAUCGCAAGACGAGGAAAGCCUUUCGUCAUGGGUGUACAAAAGCACGCCGAGGUGGAGGCCGUUGUGCGAGAAGUGGCCGAAGUGGCCGGUGCUCGCUUCACAACUGCGAAGAAGGCAGCGAAACGUGCUUGGGACGUUUCCCUCGAUGGGGUGGAACAUUCAAUCAAAUCGCUUCUUCCUCUUCAUGGGGAGCAUCAAUUUGAUAACCUUGGGCUCUCAUUGACGAUAGUUUCUGAAUUGAUAGCGUUAAGUUUGCCAUUGGAUUUCCAGAGCAAAAUUAGUGAACAAGCUAUUCGUCAAGGGCUCCGCACAGCAGUAUGGCCGGGUCGCCUCUCCUUCCACCGGAUGACUCUUCCCUCAAAUGCCCAAAUAAUCGUCCUUGCGGACGGGGCACAUAAUCCAUCCUCGUCAGAGACGCUGGCCGCAUACAUAUCGGAAGUCCUCUCCUUAUCCCAAGCCUCCUCGGCAUUGCCGACAAUCCAUAUAUCGUUUAUCAUUGCGCUAUCCGACUCACCUCCCAAAACACCACUUCAAACCAUUCGGCCUUUGUUUCCUCCCCGAGCACCUAUGCAAACUGGUGUCUCGGUAAAAGUUGCAGCAUUACGAUUCACGCCUCCCGACGAUAUGCCGUGGGUCAAGUCAGUCGCACCUUCACGGAUACACGACGCCGUCAAUACUGUCAUGCCGUCUGCCAAAACUUGGACCGCUGACGAUGAUGCCAUCCCAAGCGAAAACCACUUACUUGAAGCUUUAGAAUGGUGUACGCCUGAAGAUGCCCUAUCUGGCGAACAGCACCUCACGGUUGUCGCUGGAAGCCUCUAUCUCGUCGCCGAUCUCUACCGUUUUAUAGGGACGGGCGGGGUUUAGGCAAGAGUUUAUGUUUCCUGGUUCGAAUUUGGGGAAGUUUAUCGCGGCGUUGAACGCCCCUUCUUAAACUCUACAACGAGGGUUCGAUGCUGAGGCCGAGGGACACAGUUUUAAGUUUCAAAUUGAGGUCCAUGCUUCACUUGCUUAGCACUUAUAUGCGUAUCCAUACCAUUAAUCAAUCUCGAUACCGCAUCUCUCAUACAUACACCUCCACCUAUAUACUUCAUAAGCCUGCAGGUGUGUCAGUAGUACUACUGUACAUAAUUCGAUCUGCAUGAGUGCCGC